AGCAACCUCACCAUGUAGAACAUUGUAGAACAAAACAAAGGUGAUGAAGACCAUGAUUUCCUCUAUAAUAACCUUGUUAGGUACUCUUUCUUUGUUAAUCUGCUUGUGCCAUGCUACGGUACUGAAAGACUUCUGUGUGGCAGACUACAAAGCUCCUCAACAUGCAGGAGGGUAUUCAUGUAAGGACCCUGAGAACGUAAAAGCUGAUGAUUUUGUAUUCUCAGGCCUAGCCACUGCAGGCAAUACCUCUAAUCUUUUCAAAGGUGCAUUCACCAGUGCAUUCUCAAAUGAAUUUCCUGGGGUGAAUGGGCUUGGGGUUUCGCUGUCGCGUGGUGAUUUUGCCCCAGGCGGCGUUAUCGCAAUGCACAGCCACCCUGGGGUUACAGAACUCAUACUUGUUGCAAAAGGAACACUCACUGCAGGCUUCAUCACCUCAGUCACCUCAGCCAACAAGGUUUAUGUCAAAACUCUGAAGGAGGGUGAUGUUAUCGCUAUCCCUCAAGGCCUUCUUCAUUUCGGUGUCAAUACCGGUUCCUCUGAUGCCCUUGUCUAUGCUGCAUUUAGUGAUGAAAAUCCAGCCAUCCAGGUUCUGGAUCUCGCUUUGUUCGGAAACAAUUUGGCUACCGAUUUAAUUUCUGAUACUACUUUUCUUGACCCUGAAGUCAUUAAAAAGCUCAAGGGUGUUUUUGGUGGCUCUGGCUGAUUAAGCUCCUUCACAUAGAGAUUGCAAUAAUUAUUAUAAUGUCAAGCAUAUUAGCAUAAAAUUGGAUUUUUCUUAUCUUGCUCUACGAAACAUGUAUAAACCGGUCCGCUGAUAUAAAUGUCAGAGUGGCUACUGCAAUAUAUUAUGUAUGCAAUAUAAAAGCAAGCUCUUGACGUUAAUUGUGUUUCACCAGCUCUAAUUGUUUCCUUAUUGGGCAAAUCCAAUUUUAGUUCUCUCUACCUUGGUUAUUUUUCUUAUGUUUGAAAAAUGUG